AUGAUGCAUAUUCCAUUGUUUGAAGGUUCUUCAUCACCUGCUGAUAAUAUCGUAAGCCAACAAAUCGCGAUGGUAAUUCCAAGUACACGAAAAGGUCACAAUAACAACAACGCACUUCAGCCAAAUCAUCACAACGAUGAGCCAUCACACCACCAUCCCUAUAUGUUUGAUCAUAAAUCCGAGAACGGUUGUCCACGAGCUGAACUAGUAUCUGGAGCUGGAGAUACUGUGUUGAAACUAAAUAUAGGCGGAAUGUCAUUUCGAAUUCGUAUGACCAGUUUGUUUUCUCGAACAGAAGAGGAGAAAUUGGUCACAUUUGCUCAAAUGGAUCACGAGAAACGGAUACGUUCAUGUGAUGCCUAUAUUGUAGAUGCUGAGGAGUAUUAUUUUGAACGUUCCUCAAUAUUAUUCGAUGCUGUCUUCAAAUACUAUGCAACUGGUCAAUUACAUCGACCGCUUGACGUUUGUCCACAGGAAUUCGCAAAUGAAUUAAAUUAUUGGAAGAUUCCAGAAUCCGUUAUGUCCACGUGUUGUUGGCGAGGUUACAAUCAGUUGAGUGCAUCCAUCGAAGAAUUGACUCAUAAGAAGGAUAAGAAUCUGGAAAUGCGAGAUCGAUCGCUUCGAUGCCGAAUACAUCAAUUCUGCGAAGGCGAUGGAUCCCUGUUAUCCACACUUUUCACUUUUGGCAGCAUAUCUUUUGUUUUAAUAUCCGUCAUUGGUCUGAUUUUGGGGUCGAUACAUGAAUUUCAGGUACCCAUUGUGAAACAUGGAAAGAUAUCAACACGUGUAAACAACCUCAGCGCAGUAAAUGAUCCGAACGUGAUUUGGGAACCACAUCCAACUUUCGGCUAUAUUGAAACUACUUGUAUUAUAUGGUUACAAUUCCUUAUUGGAAUCAUGAACAUAGUGGAUCUGAUAGCAAUAGUACCAUUCUACUUAGAGCUUGGACUAGCGAUGUUCGGUAUUGACAUAGCAAGUUUAAGUGAUAUAAAAGGAGCGCUACUGGUUGUUCGAGUACUGAGAGUUCUUCGUGUUGUUCGAAUACUCAAACUCGGUAGAUAUUCAUCAGGAAUGCGAACAUUCGCUCUUACAUUGCGUAGUUCUGCUCGACAACUAGGAAUGAUGGGAAUGGUGCUAUCCACCGGUGUUGUUUUCUUCUCGACACUUCUGUAUUUCGUCGAAAAAGACGAAGAAGACACACCAUUCACAUCGAUUCCUGCUGCUUUUUGGUGGGCUAUUGUAACAAUGACGACAGUUGGUUACGGUGAUUAUGUACCAGUUACGAUACCCGGAAAAUUAAUUGCAUCUGGAGCCAUAAUUAGCGGGGUAUUGGUGCUAGCAUUGCCCAUCACGAUCAUCGUCGAUAACUUCAUGAAAGUUUCCGGAAACCCAAGUCAUAUGUUCUCAGCGGGAGCGCAACCGACCAAACCGGACACGGAUGCAAUACAGGCGUAA